AUCAUUAUGGUCAAGCCAUUUCCAGUUUCGUGUAAAAACCAAGAAAAGAAGAUAAAAAGAGUAGAUAGUAAUAAUACACAACCGGCGCAUUUUAGUACGCUCUCAUGCAUUCUAUAAAUGUAUAUAUUAAUUUGCGCUUCUAGUCCCUGGAGCUCUCUCUCUCCCCCCACAAACCAUCUGUCUUCUUAGCCUCUAGGUCUUAGGUGGGUUUUGUUUCUUUUUUUGUUCUUUCUUACUCUCUCUCUCUCUCUCUCUCUCUGUUUCUUGAAACGCUCUGGAAAUUCUUGUCAGUCAUCUGUAAGUGUUUAUUUUUCUUCUUUUCUUUUUUUUCUAAAAGAAACUAAUUGCACCCACUUCUGUUUAAAGAUUCUUUAGUCCGUUUAUGAUUUAUCUCCUUAUUACACAUUUCUUUUGUAAAUGUAAAAAUAGAUUUUGUGAAUUUUGGAAGGUACCUAUGUGUAUUAUACCCAUUUGCAUUUGGGUUUUCUCUCAAUUUCGUUCUUUUGUUUUACAGCAAUUGUUGUUUUUCUUUUUGUGUUUUUAUGGAAGCCUUAAUCUUUAACUCUUAUUUCUUGAAACUUUGGGUUUGCUCUCGAGGCUAUGCCGUUUGUUUUUUCAUGAAGUAAAGAAGCAAAGACCCGCACUCUAUUUAUGCUUCACAUUGUUGUUUAUUGCGUCUUAAGACUGAAGAAUGGAAUCCAGUUUAUCGACUACUUCUUUCGGGUGGUGGUGAUAUAUGCUUAGCCCCGAGUUAUUUUAAGGCCGCGUUCGGUUGCCAUUAGAACUGCGGAUGGAAUCGGAAUAUAAUUCUUGGAAUAUGAUUCUUGAUUUUUGUUUGCUUCACCAAACAAACCCAAGUCUCUUUUGUUUUUAUUUUGUACUUUAAUGAUGAUUUGACUAAUUUUUGUUUAUAUACUUCCAAAAUAAAGACGAAAUAGGACUUUUGGGAUCUAAACAUUUAUUUUCAUUUCCAUCCUAAUUCCAAAGAGUAAUUAAACAUGCCUGGUGACCCUUCCUUCUGAAAUAUAGUAAAAGAAACUUCAAUGUUUGUUUGUAAUUUUUUCAAAUAUUAAUGUUAAUAUGUGACGGAGAUGUCCGUGGUUUGUCUUCCUGAUGAUAACAAGUUUAAAAGAGUUGGAAGACGCUUUUAUUUUUUGUGUAGUUACGAAAUGUUUUUAAUCAAGUCUGGGAACAUUUUGAUUAUUUGUUGUCGUGUGUUGGUUCGAUAGGUGCGAAAAAUUGAUUACAAAGUGAUUCCACGAGCAAUAUGUUUAAGUGGGGUAUUAAAAAGGCAGAUAGUCGGACAAACAAAGAUUUUAAAUUCUACCAGUCAUUCACUUACUGUGGUGUGGAGUAUUAUCUUUACGAUUGUGUUUAUUUUCACGGCAAGGACAGCGUCAAUUCAUACAUUGGUAAGCUUGUCAGAAUAUACGAGACUCCAGCGAAAGAAAAGAAAGUAAAGGUGGUAUGGUUCUUUCAUCCUAGUGAAAUUAGUAAAUUCUUGGGGGAUUAUGAGCCCAAGUGGAACGAGGUAUUUCUGGCUUCUGGUCAGGGUGAAGGACUUUCCAACAUUAACCAUUUGGAAGCAAUUGUUGGCAAAUGUAAUGUGGUCUGUGUAUCAAAUGACAAUAGAAAUCCUCAAGCAACUGAAGUAGAGCUGAAAAUGGCAGACUUUAUUUUCUACCGUUGUUUUGAUGUAGGAGAGCGUAGAAUUGUCGAGGACUUCGCAAAUCAUAUAGAUGGAAUUAGAGUGGAAUCCUUUUUCAAUAAAAGGAAAGAUCAGCAGGUCAAUGCUCCUCCAGCUCUCGAGCUAAAUGUUAAAAAGGGUGGUCAUGCAGUGAGAGAUGUCAAGUCUGGCAGCAGUAGUAGCCCAGUGGUUAAAGAAUCUAUGGUCACAGCUAGUCUGAGACUUAAAGAGCGCAUUUUGAAUGAGAAUAUAACGCGGAGGCCUAGAACUCCGAUUGACAAUGAUAGGAUUGGGCCUAAUAAAGUCCCAUGCAACCAAAUUGACAAAAAUGCUGAGAGCGUGAGUUAUUCUAGGGACUCCUCUGCUCCAAAUACAAAUGCAGCCUGGCCUGUCAAGAAGAGAAAACUACUUCACGAUGAGAUGGCAAGCAAAGUUGUUACAGUAGAUCCUUGCAUUGCAUCAGAUGGUGGCUUGAAAACUAUCCCCAGGAUUACUGCCAAACCUCAUGCUGAGGGAGGAAAAUGGUUCAAGCAAGUACCUUGGAGAGAAAAACUGCGGAGAUCUGAAGAGGCAGGCACCCUGGUCUUGCUUGAAAAUUUGGAUCCAUCUCUUGCAUCAUCAGAUGUAGAGGAUUUGAUUUGGCAUGCACUUAAGCUGAGAGUAGAGGCAAAGAUGAUACAGCGAAGUACUCUCUCGAGCCUACUCUACGGUAAAGCUUUUGUCGUAUUCGGAUCAAAAGAAGCAGCUGAGUCUGCAAUAUUCAAGUUGCAGACAAGAUGCCUAGUGCUCACAGAUGGGAGACCUAUUGUUGGUAGCAGGGGCUCUCUAAAGGAUCCUGCCAAAUCUGCAGAUUUUACUGGCCAUAUUUGUCUUUCCAAAAUCAGAAAAAAGCAAACUCAGGAAAUGAGAAAAGCAGUAUCUACAUCACACCUUUCCCAGCCUAAUACCAUUGAAUAUGAAAUGGCAAUCGAGCGGCGCUUGCUGCAGAAACAGUUUGACGAGUGCUGGAAUGAAUUACACAGGCAGCAUGCACAGGAAAUAGAAGAUCUUAAGAGUCCCAGAAGAUGAAAUUAAGUAGUGAAGCUACAUGUAGGAAUGUCUUUUCUUCUGGGAAAUAUGCUCUUUUGUUUUUGUGAAUUGGUAGAGACUGGAUGAGCAUUCAGGAAGUGUCUUUUGAAGAUAGCAGUAUGUCUAUUUUUGUGGGGAAGAAGUUGUAAAUAAUAGAAAAUUUAAUUAAGGCAUUUAUCUUACUGUAAACUGAUUCAUUCGUAUCAUUUCCUAUGCGGCCACCUCUACAGUUCAUGCAGAAUUUUAUACCACAACGUACAGUGUCCAUUCUUGUUCAAAUUUUAUUAACGACAAGUUCACCGGCCA